AUGUCCAAUUUCACCAGUGCGACAGAAUUUCUGCUCAUGGGGUUUUCUGACAUCCGAGAACUCCAGAUCUUGUAUUCUUUCCUUUUGUUUCUCAUCUACUCUGCAGGCCUGAUGGGGAAUCUCCUCAUUGUCAUCAUCACAACCAUUGACAGGAGACUCCACACUCCCAUGUACUUUUUCCUGAGGAAUCUGUCCAUGGUGGAUGCCUGCUACCUCUCAAUAACUGCUCCUCAAGCAUCUGUUAACUCUCUGGUGAACAACAGGGUCAUUUCAGUUACAGGCUGUGCAGCUCAGGUAUUCCUAGUGGUUUUCAUGGGAUAUGUAGAGUUUAUUUUGCUCACCAUCAUGGCUUGUGACCGUUAUGUGGCCAUCUGCCACCCUCUCCACUACCCAGUGAUCAUGAGUCCCCGAGUCUGCCUGCAGAUGACCUUAACCUGCUUGUUGACUGGCCUCAUAUAUGCAGUUUUCCACACCAGUUACACGUUUCGCUUGUCCUUCUGCCAAUCCAAUUUGGUCCAUCAGUUCUUCUGUGACAUCCCCUCUCUCCUAAGGAUCUCCUGCUCAGACACUUUUAGCAAUAAGUUAUCCCUUAUUGUUUCUGAACUGAUCAUUGGCACUGGCUGUUAUGGCUUCAUCACUGCAUCUUACAUUCGUAUAUUUUCCACCGUGCUCAAGUUUCCAGUGAAAGAAGACCAGAAAAAAGCCUUCUCGACCUGCAUCCCCCACAUCACUGUGGUUUCUUUAUUUGUGAUUUCAGGUGCUUAUGUAUAUUCCCAACCAUCUUCAGAUUCUAUGUCUUUUAAGAAUAUAAUUAUUUCUGUAUUUUAUACAAUAAUACCACCCUUUCUCAACCCCAUUAUAUAUAGUCUACGGAAUAAACAGAUACAGGAUGCAAUGGGAAUAUUAAUGAAGAGAAACAUUUUCAUUAAGAAAUAAAGCAUAAAUGGUAGUUCCUUCUCAGUGUUUUUCAACCUAGUUGAUUCAUUAAGAAAAAAAAAACUCAUGUGAACAUGUAUUUUUUGAUGUUUUUGUUGUUUUGUGGUUUGCUAUUUGUGUUGGUGGUUACAAAUGAAUGAGUAUUCAAAAUUUUUAAAAAUUCUUUAGAAUUGACUUCACUGUCAUUGAUAUCAGCAGAAUUAUUAUCAUUUGGAGCAUAUUCGAGGCUUCCAGGUAAUGUAAUUUUCUUAGUCUAAAACCUUUGCUUGCACUGCUUAUGAUAUAUAAAUAUGGCCAAGAUGACUCAGUGUUUUUUUAGGUACCUUUGGCAAAAUUUUAGCCCAAAAUAUCAGAAUAAAAUCAAAGGGAAAAUUGAAAGCUCUCUUAUUUUUCCUUGGACUUAGAGAAAAUGAUGGUAUGAUCAACAGAAAGCAGAAAGGCAUCAUCUAUUUCAGUGACAAAAUUAGUCAAGUAUGUGUUUUAUUGAGCUUCAAGGUCCAAUGGAUUUUCAUCAUCUAGUGACCUAAAAAUGACAUGUGUAAUCAAGAGCUGAAAAACUGAAAGAAUAACAUAAAGUUUUCUGUUCUUGGCUAAUUGAAGCAGCAGAAUAGCCCAAAGAAAUGACUUCCUUUUUAAAAAUACCAUUAUAAUUUACCAUAUCACACAAAUGAGUAAUUCCUACUUGUAUUAGAUGGAUCAUAUGAAGUAUUUUCUCUCAUCACUAAAAUGUCCUCAUCUGUUGGAGUUUAUUCAUCAAGAAUUAUGGCUAUAAAUGGCAUAAAAUCAAAUAUGUUUCUCAGUUGAAUCCUUGUAUUUUGGUCAACAUAUUUUACUGUACAUGAAGAAUUAUCUUCCGUGGAAUCAUAAUUUUUCUGGAUAUGGGUUUUAUGAGUUGCCAUAUUCUCUAUAUUUCAAUUCUUUAAAAGUGAGAAUGUUUAUUGCUGUGAAUAUUAGAGACAUAAUGUGAUCUGAGCACAUUUGGGGAAACUCUCAGUAAGAGGUAAAUUUACUAACCCAGCUAAUUACUUAUUCACAUAGUUGACAUAAAUAUUUCACUGUAUCUCUAGAUAUUCUUUGGUCUACAUCAUCAUUUAAAACUGAGCAACUGAGUCCUAUACAAUCUAUCAUUCAUUAAAUAUCUAGCUGGUAAUUUUUAUUGCUAAAAAACAAUCUUUUUCCUGGAAUCUGGAAAAAUACUUGGAUAAAAAAGUUAAUAUUACCUUUAAAUCAAACAAACAAUAUAUAGCAGGUAAAGAUGUUACUUUCUUGACUCUCUUGUCCUUAACUGAAAAUAUUCUAAUAACAAUAUUCAUCAUCCUAUUGUAUCCCUACAAUUAAUUUUUAAGAUGAAUUCUCUGACAGGAGUGUGUGUGUGUCAUUUUCUCAAUAGGUAUUAAUAUUUUCGUAUGAACAUCAUAUUAAUUUUAUUUCAUUCCAGUAUUUUCUCUGUAGUGUAGAAAAAAUGAGUUGAAAAUGGAAACUUCCUCACAUCCCUGAGAUAUCUGUGAUUUCUCUUCAGUUCAAAUUCAGGGACCAAAAACUUGAAGUCAAGUUGAUUAUUAUGGAAGGAACUAAAUAUAACAAUAUAACAGGGUAGAAAGAGCUAAAAUGGAACAAUUAUCUCAUAAAAAAGAUAGGAGAGGAACAAAUGUCACAGAGAAGGUGAGGAAAUGGUGGACUGCAGGUAGCACUAGAACCUAUUUUAAUCAGAUCUGGGUUAAAGAGGGAACAAUAAUAUGAGAGGGGUAAUCAUCUUUUAGUGUAUAGAGCAAUGGGAGGUUGAGGAACGUAGUGAUGUUUGAGAUGCGAAAAGGUGGCAUCCCUCUGUGCUAUGACCGCUAUCAUAAAAAAAAAAAAAAA